UUUUUUUUUUUUUCUUUCGAACCCCUUUUUAACGCGAUCCUCCGGUAUCCGUGGCCUUCCGCCAGCUUGAGAUAUUUGCAGAUAUAUACGCGUUUUCCAGCUUGAGUUCGCACUGACGGACCGCGCGGAUGGCAGCGCCCGUAGCCGCAGGUAUUAGUUCAAGGAGAGCUGAAGUAAUGAGAAGUCACCAUGGAGGCGCAGUCCCAUAGCUCUACCACGACAGAGAAGAAAAAAGUGGAGAAUUCCAUUGUGAAAUGCUCCAAUCGAACAGAUGUCAGUGAGAAAGCUGUUGCCUCCAGCACAACUUCCAAUGAGGAUGAAAGUCCUGGACAGACCUAUCACAGAGAGAGAAGGAACGCAAUCACAAUGCAGCCACAAGGUGGGCAAGGCCUCAGCAAGAUCAGUGAGGAGCCUUCAACAUCUAGCGAGGAAAGGGCCUCAUUAAUAAAGAAAGAGAUCCAUGGAUCUAUAUCGCACCUUCCUGAACCUUCUGUACCUUAUCGUGGGACAUUGUUUACUAUGGACCCCAGAAAUGGUUACAUGGAUCCUCAUUACCAUCCACCUCACCUCUUCCCAGCGUUCCACCCUCCUGUACCAAUUGAUGCAAGACAUCAUGAGGGACGCUACCAUUACGAACCAUCUCCCAUUCCUCCUCUGCAUGUGCCUUCUGCCUUAUCUAGUAGCCCAACAUAUUCAGAUCUUCCGUUCAUUAGAAUUUCCCCACACAGAAAUCCUGCUGCGGCAUCAGAGUCUCCCUUCAGCACUCCUCACCCGUACAUUAACCCAUACAUGGACUAUAUCCGCUCCCUGCACAGCAGCCCAUCCCUGUCCAUGAUCUCGGCAGCCCGUGGACUCAGCCCGACAGACGCUCCACAUGCUGGCGUCAGUCCAGCUGAAUAUUAUCAUCAGAUGGCUCUGUUGGCAGGCCAGCGCAGCCCUUACGCAGACAUCAUUCCUUCAGCUGCCACUGCUGGAGCUGGUGCUCUUCAUAUGGAAUAUCUUCAUGCCAUGGAUAGCACCAGGUUUCCGAGUCCAAGAUUAUCAGCCAGACCAAGCCGAAAGCGUACGUUGUCUAUAUCCCCCCUGUCUGAUCACAGCUUUGACCUUCAGACCAUGAUACGGACAUCUCCAAAUUCCUUGGUCACAAUUCUCAAUAAUUCUCGUAGCAGUUCCUCAGCCAGUGGUUCUUACGGCCACUUAUCCGCAAGCGCAAUAAGCCCUGCUCUGAGUUUCACAUACCCUCCUACACCGGUAUCCCUCCAGCAAAUGCAUCAGCAAAUUAUAAGUCGUCAGCAAACCCUGGGUUCUGCCUUUGGACACAGCCCUCCUCUCAUCCAUCCUGCUCCAACUUUUCCUACCCAGAGACCUAUCCCUGGCAUCCCCAGUGUCCUGAACCCUGUCCAGGUCAGCUCUGGACCUUCUGAGUCCACACAGCAGAACAAACCCACAAGUGAGUCUGCAGUGAGCAGCACUGGGGAUCCGAUGCACAACAAGCGCUCCAAGAUAAAGCCCGACGAGGACCUCCCCAGCCCGGGUGCAGGAAGCGUGCAGGAACAGCCAGAAGGUAUGACCCUGGUAAAGGAGGAAGGGGACAAAGAUGAAAGCAAACAGGAGCCUGAAGUGGUCUAUGAGACGAACUGCCAUUGGGAAGGCUGUUCCCGGGAGUUUGACACACAGGAACAGCUAGUGCAUCAUAUAAAUAAUGACCACAUACAUGGUGAGAAGAAAGAGUUUGUGUGCCGGUGGCUGGACUGUUCCAGGGAGCAGAAACCAUUCAAAGCCCAAUAUAUGCUGGUGGUCCACAUGAGGAGACAUACAGGGGAAAAGCCACACAAAUGCACUUUUGAAGGUUGUACAAAGGCCUACUCCAGACUAGAAAACUUGAAAACGCACUUGAGAUCUCACACUGGAGAGAAACCAUAUGUGUGUGAACACGAGGGCUGCAACAAAGCUUUCUCCAAUGCAUCCGAUAGGGCCAAGCACCAAAACAGGACUCAUUCAAAUGAGAAACCGUAUGUUUGCAAGAUCCCAGGCUGCACAAAGCGCUACACAGACCCCAGUUCUCUACGGAAACAUGUGAAGACCGUGCAUGGCCCAGAAGCACACGUCACCAAGAAGCAGCGAGGAGACAUCCACCCGAGGCCUCCACCACCCAGAGACCCAGGCAGCCACUCUCAGACACGAUCGCCAGGCCAGCAGACUCAGGGUGCGACUGGGGAGCAGAAGGACCUCAACAACACUACCUCAAGGCGUGAAGAAUGCCUCCAAGUGAAAGCAGUCAAGUCAGAGAAACCAAUGACAUCUCAGCCGAGCCCUGGUGGUCAGUCUACAUGCAGCAGCGAACAGUCCCCCAUCAGCAACUAUUCCAACAAUGGGAUCGAGCUUACUCUGACUGGUGGUGGUAGUGUAGGAGACCUCAGUGUCAUCGAUGAAACCCCAAUCAUGGACUCUACCAUUUCCACAGCCACCACAGCACUUGGCUUACAGGCCAGGAGGAAUAUGACAGGGACCAAAUGGAUGGAGCAAGUGAAAUUAGAAAGGUUGAAACAAGUUAAUGGAAUGCUUCCAAGACUGAACCCCGUUCCACCUUCCAAAGCCCCAACCUUGCCGCCUCUCAUAGGAAAUGGUACCCAGUCAAACAGCAGCUGCAGUGUAGGAGGAUCCAUGACUAUUCUGCCCAACAGGAACGAACUUUCAAGUACGGACAUCACUGUGUUGAACAUGCUAAACAGGAGGGACAGCAAUACGAGCACAAUCAGUUCAGCCUACUUGAGCAGCCGCAGGUCUUCUGGAAUCUCACCUUGCUUCUCCAGCCGGAGGUCCAGUGAUGCCUCUCAGGCUGAGGGAAGACCACAAAAUGUGAGCGUUGCAGACUCCUAUGACCCCAUUUCAACAGAUGCCUCUCGACGCUCCAGUGAAGCAAGCCAAUGUGAUGACCUGCCAAGUCUUCUCAGCCUCACCCCAGCCCAGCAAUACAGGCUGAAAGCUAAAUAUGCAGCAGCUACUGGUGGACCCCCACCAACUCCACUGCCUAAUAUGGAGAGGAUGAGCCUCAAAACAAGGAUGGCACUCUUGGGUGACUGCAGGGAGUCUGGAGUAUCUCCCCUGCCUCCAGUGAAUGCCCCUCGAAGAUGUAGUGAUGGUGGGGCAAAUGGUUACAGCAGGAGGCAUCUUCUAUCUCAUGAUGCUCUAGGAAAUGGGACAAGGAGAGCCAGCGAUCCCGUGAGAAUGGUCUCCGAUAACCUCUCUGUCCCUAGAGUCCAACAUUUCAACAGUCUUAAUAGUUUUAACUCUCCUGCUUUGCCUCCAUCCAUGGAAAAGCGCAACCUUGUCCUUCAGAACUAUACCCGUUCUGAGGGUGGCGUUUUCCGUGGCUUCGGUUCCCCCUGUCCUCCAAGCAUCAGCGAGAAUGUCACCCUGGAGGCUGCUACGAUGGAAGCAGGUGGCAGUUUGAAUGAUGAGGAUCUCCUGCCGGAUGAUGUGGUUCAGUAUCUGAAUUCCCAGAACCAGAGCAUGUGCGACCACUUGUUGAACAAUGUCCUAGACAGCAACAAAAUGCAUCACAGUGUGGUUUUAGGAAACAACAAUCCUAGCAGCUUCGACCGAGCCCCUCCAGCAAGCAGUCAGCCUGCAGGCUCAGAGGCAAGCAAGAGUGACUUACCCAUUCAGUGGAAUGAAGUAAGCUCAGGAAGUUCUGACUUAUCUCCUACAAAACUGAAAUGUAGUCAGCGCUCAGCAGUGCAGCAGGCUAGAGCCUUUGGACUGUAUAACAACAUGAUGGUUCAGCAGCAGAACUUGCAGAGGAGCAGUGUGUCCCAGCAAAAUGGCUAUCAGAACCUGAUGGAAAACAGUGGUUCCUAUAGUUUGCAGCAAAACACAGUCCUUGGCAGCGGAGCCAGUAGUUCUUUCAGCGUGCAGCCCAAUAAGCCCUACGGUGAAAGCAUCAGCAGGCAACCAAUGAUUUCUGGGGCGAUGGACAAUUCCUGUGGCAUGACAGUUCAAGGGCAGAAGCUAAGAAGCAGCAAUAUGCCAGUGAGUGGGAACCAGCAAAAUUUUGCUCAUCCCAUCGCAUCCAGUGAUCAGGCCACCAGUAUGGCGAAUGGGAUGCAGAACAGGAAUAUGAUGGAACAGGAAUAUUUGCAAAACCAACUGGUUGGAGAUGGCGUUCAUUACCAGGGAGUCAAUCAGUCCGGUCCAAUGAUGCUAGGGCAGGUUAGUCCUACCUCACAAAGCAGCCUCUAUCAAGGGCCGCAGAGUUGUCCAGUGGUCUCUCAUACCAUUGGUAACCAGUCUUCAGGUUUGUCAGUGGCCAAGAAUUACCAGCCAUGUGCUAAUUACAGUGGCAACAGACGGCAAAAUGUGUUGAGGAACAACCUGGCACAACAGCAAGGACAUGUAAGUGAUGGCAACCAGACGUACAGGGUAAACACCAUUAAGAUGGAGAUGCAAGGUCAAUCACAGCAGUUCUGCUCUAAUAUGCAGAAUUACUCUGGUCAGUUAUAUGACCAAACCACGGGCUUUAGCCACCAAGCUAUGAAAACAGGUUCUUCUUUCUUUGUUUCGGAAGCUAACUGCCUGCUGCAGGAGACUGCUACUGCAAACUCCUCUGAGCUUCUUUCCCCAGGGGCUAACCAAGUAUCAAGCACAGUUGACAGCCUUGACAGCAACAGCCUAGAGGGUGUGCAGAUUGAUUUUGAUGCUAUCAUAGAUGAUGGAGACCAUGUCAGCUUAAUUUCAGGAGCCCUGAGCCCAAGCAUCAUUCAGAAUCUCUCCCGCAAUUCCUCACGCCUCACCACUCCCCGAGCGUCUCUUACAUUCCCAGCUAUGCCUGUAAGCACAACCAACAUGGCUAUUGGGGACAUGAGUUCUUUGUUGACCUCACUUGCAGAAGAAAGCAAGUUUCUUGCUGUUAUGCAAUAGACAUGAAAAAAAAAAAAGCCCGCUUAGGAGAUAACAGAUGAAAAAAAGACUCAUAUUUUUUAGUUGUGUAUGUAUUUUAGCAAUCUCAUCUCACCUAAAUGGGAUGUGUUUCAAGUAUAUUCCUUUUAUGGAAUAAGAACUCUGAAAACCCUAAAGUGUUCUAGGGAGAAACUGUCUUCCAUUUCAGUUUUGAAUCAGUAUUGCUACACCCAUUCCCUCACCUCUCACUUGCCUCUCUCUCUCUUUCUCCCUUUUUGAAUGUCUGUAUGCUUCUUUUUCUUUUUUUAAUUGUAAACCAGUGUAAACGUGUGAAGUGCAUGUUUUUGUUUUGUUUGUUUUUUUUUGAAAGAAAGUUCUGAUGGAACAGCUUAAUUUUCUGUUAGUCAAAAGAAACUUGACUUUUGUAAAACAGUUUUUUCCCUACACAUAAAGGCACAAAAUAACCAUGCAGGAUGUAAAGCAAACAUACAGUGAGGAAAUCCUCUCUGGAUGCAUUGAAUACAUCACCCUGAGGUGGACAACCGAUUUAGGAAUGCACUGCCACGGUACCCAUAAGCUGUAGUUCCAGAUUUAAGAGCACAAGAAAUAUGAGGUUCAAGCAAGUAAGAAAUAUAAAGCCAGCAGCCCCUUGAUCCCUAGCAAAUGUUUAAGAUUUUGGUAAACACAGAGAUAGAUGUCACUGCCUUGCGUAAGGAUACAGAGGUUGUACUGUGCGUGUGUUUCAGAGGAGACAGAGGACAAGAAAGCUUUUCUUAGUAUAACUCUUGUUUUAUUUGCAGUCCUUAGUAUUCUGUUUUUCAACUUUUUUGUUUGAAUGACUGGAUAGUGAAAUUAUAUGAAUGCUUGCUGAUUUGAACACUCUGUAAUCCUUUCUUUGCAUACCAUACUGAUGGAGAGAUGAUCAGGCUCUUAUAAUGGAUUAUUUCAUACGGUGAAAUAAUGAAACGCCAGUAUUCCAGGCUGGGAACUCUUUCUUUUUUUUCCUUUUUUUCCUUACUAUUCCUUUUGACUUGCACAUUCCUUCUAACACAUACAGCUUGGUUAGAUGGAUUGUAUAUUUUACAGUAAGUAAAUGCCUGUUGACAUACCACAUGGUUACAAAUCCAAAAGCGACGUGGUCUUGGCAUGUUAAACCAGUAGCAAGCAGUCUAGCCAAGUAAAUUAAAGUGAUUACAAGCAACCCAAUAGUCUUAAAUGUUUUUCUAGUGUAUCCAAGCUUUACAAAAUUGAACGAUUGAAACUGUCAUUUAAAGUAGCAAAGAAACAACCUGAGCAGCAAGUUGGUCUGGUAGCCUAUCAAAAUGUAAAAAUACUAACCCAGUGACUCUAGACUUGGUGACAGCAAUGUGCAUUUCUGCUUGAGACAGAUCAGUGAGUCAAUGCCUCGGCUCAUUUACACCAGCAAAAAUUGGGCCCAUCACACUGUGAGCAUGAAGUAACUCCCUGGUAGAGGUGGAUGGAAUUUCCUCCAUCACAGCCAGCUCUUGUAGCGGAUUUUUGACUGUCUUGUGUACCCACACACACUGUGCUCCUGGAUAAGGAAUUGGGCAGAACAUUAAAAAGAGCAAGGCUUAAGUUCACGCAUUCAUAGAAGCUACACACAAGUGCAGCUCCUACAAUCAUCUCUAUUAACUCCUAAUAUUAAAAUGCUGUUAAUGGGAUGCAGGUGGUGCUGACACUUACAGUCUUGGGUCUGAUGCCUGUGGGGAACUAACUAAUGUAAACCUAUAAUAAAGAGAGGUGAUUUGGUCCAUUUUGGACAACAAAUGCAUUUUGGCCAAGUCAGAAUUAAGAAUAGCACUAGAAAGUGAUAGCUAAAGCUCUGAAUGCCAUAGCACUUUUUUUUACUGCAGAAAAGGGUGAAAUACCAACUUGUUCAGGGCAUCGCAUUUGAGGAAUGGUGAAGGAAUACAGCCUCAGUGGAGCUUUCUGAUAACAUCAAUCUAUUAUCAGCUGUUACAAGCAGAUGAAGAAGCUGUAAAUCUGAAAGAAAACAUACGAAUCCUUUGCUGAGGCUGUAUUUGGGCUUAUCACAAAACCUAUUAAAUGUGAGCUGGAAUGUCAGGGAUCAAGACAAAUGUAAAUAAAAAGAUUUCCUCGAUAUCCUACAACUUUUAUCAUCGUCCUGCUCCUGUCUUUCUCCAUAUCUUUAGCAAGCAUUUCUUUUCUUGUUUGCACUUCACACCUGUACUCACUCCCUUUGUGCUCUUUGCCCAUUGCUGGUUCCCUUCCUGACCUUCCUGCCCACCAUCAGCUCUGACAGCCCUUCUGUACUGGUCUUCAGCCUUCAGAGGGAGCUGUGCAGAGCUUACCAAGGCAGUUAGCUGGUUUGGAUUGAGCGAUGCUUCUAUUGCUACACUUCACCUUGCAGUGCAAUUGUGUUGAUAGCUCAUGUCCCUACUGAGAAAGAGCAUUAGGAAAGGCUUUGCUCUCGUCAGCUGGAAUUACUUCAGAUGGUUCGUGGUAACUAGUGGCUGGCUGUUCAAUAAGCCAUCAAUUACAUGUUUAUAAACAGUUUCAAUGGGGAGACUUAUGACUAGCACGGGAAGAGGUGGCUGAGGAGAAGAGCUUUUUAUUAUUAUAGUGAAUACAUUUAAAAAAAAAGAUUUUUUUUAACUCAGUUUUCCAGUUUAUAAUUGUAUUUGCUUGUUCAGUUGAAGCUGGGAAAGAUGUGAUUCAUCAGAGCUUAGGAGAACCCAUUCACAUUGCUUAAGACUGAGAAAGGGACUGAGUACCUGAUUUGCCUUCUUUCCUUGACAAACCUUUGUCACUCACUUAGCCCUGUUUCAGGCCAACAGUGUGUCUUGGCCUAAACCACGUGUUCCAAAAAGUCAUCUAGUUUUGUUUUGGGGAUGACAAAGAAAAGAGACUCCACGAUGUCUUUGGAGAGUUUGUUCAAAUGGUUAAUUGUUUUCAUGAUUGAAGCAUACGUGCCUCUGUUCUUACAUAAAUGUAUCACUUCUCAGCUUUUACUAUCCUGUCAUACUUUUCUUUUUGAUGCUAAACAACCUGAUUUGUUGAUGUCCGUGGAGGUACACCAUAACCCAGCUAUCUUCUUUCUUGGUUUUGUUUUGAUGAGGUAGGGUGGGCUCUUAGAACAUGGCACUCUAAGGCUGGACACUAGCAUUAAGUUGGCAACCAACUUCUGGAUGUGUGAUAGUCUGGGGAAAAUCCCACCAGUGUCACUCGCAAGUUUACUAGCACCCUCCUGGUCUUCCAGUCACAGAGCCGAAGCUUGAUUUUGUGUGUUUGAUGCACUUGGCAGUUGGAAGCACGCCACUAGAAAAUGCAGGAGUUUUUGUGAUUUUCUCCUGUUUUUUUAAAGCAUUGCAGUGGUCACAGCCUGACUCUAAAUCACCCUUUCUAAUGGCUCUUUGAGGAUCUUCCAGAUUGAUUACUAUUGGCCUUGGGCACAUCUGCCUUGCUCACAUUUUUACAGACUUUUUUACUUUCCACAAAUCUGGAGUCACCUGUGAGAGUUCAUCCAUAAGGCUGACUGGGUGGAUGAAAGGUAUUUUUGCAGACAAGUCAGUGUGCUCCCAUCAGGGGAGUUGCUGGUAAGUACGACGGCCUAGCAUGUCCACACAACAGAUAAUCUUAUUCUCUCCUUGGAGAAUGGUCCCAGAUGACAUUGAAACCCUGGCUUGCUUGAUUGCUUCCAGUCAUUUCCUCCUUCCCCUCCCUCUCUCUUGAUGACAUAGCUGGUUAGCUCGCCCACACGUGUUGCACAGUGGCUUGUCCUUCACAGUUUAUAUUCUCGCAAUGUAUGUGCCUUAUUUUGUGUUAUUCUUUAACAGAGAGGGACCAAGAUAUGUUGACAAAUUUUCACAGUGAGGCUGUAUUCUCCAUUCAGCUGAUAGCACAUGCCACUGUUAGUAGUGUCUGAAGUGUCUUGUAAACCUCUGAUAUUCACGUGUUAUUGUCCUUGGAUUGAUAGAAUGUCUCCUACUGAAAAGUUACUGUUGUCAGUCCUGCAGAUGUGUAAGAUAAAAAUGUGUUCAUUUUUUUUACUUUUUUUUUUAGUUUUUUUUUUUAAUUAAAGCUUGUAAUCCUUUUUUUCUUUUUUUUUUUCUUUUUCUUUUUUAAUAGUGUAAAUACAUUUACGUACAGUAGGAAUAGUGUUUGGCUGUAACAGGCCUUAGUGGUCUUAAUUUGAUAAACCUGCAGUUAUGAUCUGAUAUUUCUCGAGCCUUAGGUUGAUCUGAAGGGUCUGUAGCACUGUGUACAUAUAAACUGUACUUCUGCUUUCAGAACCACUUAGCUCUUUUGUAACAAAGAAAAAAAUGUUUCUUACAAUGUCAAUAAAAACACAAAAGCCUUUGUACUUAA